AUAUGGCAAAAUCGAAACUCUAACUCAGCUGAGUGUUAGUCGAAGUAGGUGUGUCCUGCUCCCCGAUGACAGGUUGCUCAGAGACUGCUGAUUUCCACCCCUAUAUAAAGGAAGUCCCUGGCAUGCAGGGACUGCUCUGCUCCAGGCCUCUGCCACCAUGUGGGUGCUCGCGCCUGCUGCUUUUGCUGGGAAGCUACUGAGUGUGUUUAGCCUGCCUUUGAGCUCUCUGUGGAGGAGCCUGGUCCUGCUGUUCUGCUGGUUGAGGGCAACGUUCUGGCUGCCAGGGACCAAGACGACAAAGAAGCAGCUGGUCCCGAGAGAGCCAACCAAGACCAAAGAGGAAGAAGAGGACCCCCCUCUGCCUACCACCCCUACCAGCGUCAACUACCACUUCACUCGCCAGUGCAACUACAAAUGCGGCUUCUGUUUCCACACAGCCAAAACGUCCUUUGUGCUGCCCCUUGAGGAAGCAAAGAGAGGACUGCUUUUGCUCAAGGAAGCUGGUAUGGAGAAGAUCAACUUUUCAGGCGGAGAGCCGUUUAUUCAUGACCGGGGAGAAUACCUGGGCAAGCUGGUGAAGUUCUGCAAAGCAGAGCUGCAGCUGCCCAGCGUGAGCAUCGUGAGCAACGGAAGCCUGAUCCGGGAGAAGUGGUUCCAGAAUUAUGGUGAAUAUUUGGACAUUCUCGCUAUCUCCUGUGACAGCUUUGACGAGCAAGUCAAUGUCGUUAUUGGCCGUGGUCAAGGAAAGAAGAACCACGUGGAAAAUCUUCAAAAGCUGAGGACGUGGUGUAGGGAUUAUAGAGUUGCUUUCAAGAUAAAUUCUGUCAUUAAUCGUUUCAACGUGGAAGAGGACAUGACUGAACAGAUCAAAGCGUUAAACCCUGUCCGCUGGAAAGUGUUCCAGUGUCUCUUAAUUGAGGGUGAAAAUACUGGAGAAGAUGCUCUAAGAGAAGCAGAAAGAUUUGUUAUUAGUGAUGAAGAAUUUGAAAGAUUCCUGGAGCGCCACAAAGAAGUGUCCUGUUUGGUGCCUGAAUCUAACCAGAAGAUGAAAGACUCCUACCUUAUUCUGGAUGAAUAUAUGCGCUUUCUGAACUGCAGAAAGGGACGGAAGGACCCUUCCAAGUCCAUCCUGGAUGUUGGCGUAGAAGAAGCUAUAAAAUUCAGUGGAUUUGAUGAAAAGAUGUUUCUGAAGCGAGGAGGAAAAUACAUAUGGAGUAAGGCUGAUCUGAAGCUGGACUGGUAGAGCAGAAAGUGGAAUGAGACUUCAGCAUACCAGUGGGGAAACUCCCAGAGUGACUGCCUUUGUCUACAGUACUAUCCUGUUGGUAUUUCCCAACGGCUGAAAACCUAUUUCUGCUGCACAUGACAUCUGAUUACCUGAACUCAUAAAUAACUUGAGUAGCGAAUCCUGAGACAAUGUAAAACCAUUAACUUUACUGACUGGCUUAUAACCUUGUUACUGAAACAGCACUUCUGUUUUUGAGUUUGAUUUAUCUAAAAAGAGAGAAUACGCCCAGGGAUAAUGACCCAACCCACCAAAAAGCUUAGAUAAGCCCCCUGUACACAGGACCUAAAAUUUAGCUCAGUGAUGCAUUUGUAAGAAAUAAGCUGUAGUGAUAUCUGUGGGGGCAAUAUUGAAUUUGUAUUUGAUUUUUUAAGCAAUGUUUGCUGUGACUUCUAUAUUUCCAUUUUGAAGCUGUUUCCUGUUCUAGUUUUGUUCAUUUGAGAGAGUAAAUAUUUUUGCUAAAUAUCCAGAUACCAAUUUUCACAUCUGAGACAUUACAAAGUGUCUGCCCCAUUUAUUUCUGCUGGUUGUAGUGCUUUUUCCUUUUUGCCUUUGCAUCCUUGCAGUCUUGUACUUCUUACUGUGAAGUAUAGAAAUGGGCAACAGAUGUUUCCAAGAACAUGUGAUCUGACAAUCCUACCAAUUUUCAAGAAGUCCCUAGAAGGAGGCAACACCUGGAAAGACGGCGUGGUGCAGCCAGCACACGGUGACUGUUCCCCAAAUGCUGGCUACCUAUGUGUGUGAUACCUGUGUCGCUUUGUCUUCAAAAGCUCUGACCAAAAACAAGAUACGCUUUCCAUUUAAUGAUGCAAUUGACGUGGGGGCAGUGGUUUCACUGCUUUGUUCACCUGUCAUUUAGGUCACAUGAGGCUGUCAAGCAAAGGAAUCGGUGUGAAGUUGGGUAGCUGGUUGUCCCUACAUCUCCGAGAAGGGACGGCACACUGGCUUGGCAUAAGAUAUCCUAAAAUCAGGCUGGAACCUUGGAAAAGGAAGAAUGUGAGCGAGAGUAGGGAGGGUGCCUGGAUUUCAUGUCAGUGAAGCCAUGGAACCAUCUCAGAUUUUUGAAUGAACUUUGAAUCAAUUUAAAUAAGGUACCAUUUAGGUCAGCUUAGGAAGGAUCAGCUCAGAGAAAGCAAGUAUGAAGGAAAAUGUCAUGUAAACUAGGUCAGGGAACAAAACCCUCUCCCUGUGGAAGUAUCCUACGCAGUUUGUUUGUGUAGCUUAGUAUGUUGCCUAAAAAAUAAAAAUUUCUUAUCAUUGUUUCAAAAAAGCAAAAUCAUGGAAAAUUAUUGUUGCCCAAAAGGUCAUUUUAAUU